GCCAUGUUGGAGCUACAGUGCACUCGGGCUCAUAUUUUCUGACGCCGUAUGUUUUUCCCCCAAAAAACUGUGUUCCCGCAUCGUUGUAGCCUGUCAACCGUGCGCGAUCGGCGACAUAGACGACAGCGGCAGUGAUGGAUUCCAACGUGGAUCUGUCCAGGAGGAAUCCGCAAGAGGAUUUCGAGCUGAUCCAGAGGAUAGGAAGCGGCACGUACGGAGAUGUGUACAAGGCACGAAAUGUGAACACAGGGGAGCUUGCUGCUAUCAAAGUCAUCAAACUGGAACCAGGCGAGGACUUUGCCGUUGUCCAACAGGAAAUCAUCAUGAUGAAGGACUGCAAACACUCUAACAUCGUGGCCUAUUUUGGCAGUUAUCUGAGGAGAGAUAAACUGUGGAUCAGCAUGGAGUACUGCGGAGGCGGAUCUCUGCAGGACAUCUAUCACGUCACUGGGCCCCUUGCAGAAUCACAGAUUGCCUAUAUGUCAAGGGAGACCCUGCAGGGCCUAUAUUAUCUACAUAACAAGGGCAAAAUGCACAGAGACAUAAAGGGAGCCAACAUCCUUCUGACAGACAAUGGCUACGUGAAAUUAGCUGACUUUGGAGUUUCAGCCCAGAUCACAGCCACUCUGGCCAAAAGGAAGUCAUUCAUUGGAACGCCGUACUGGAUGGCUCCAGAAGUAGCUGCAGUAGAGAGGAAAGGGGGUUAUAACCAGCUGUGUGACAUCUGGGCUGUGGGUAUUACAGCCAUAGAACUGGCUGAACUUCAGCCACCGAUGUUUGACCUUCAUCCCAUGAGAGCCUUGUUCCUCAUGACCAAGAGUAAUUUCCAGCCUCCUAAGUUGAAAGAUAAACUCAAGUGGACCAACAACUUUCACCAUUUUGUCAAGCUGGCUCUGACGAAGAAUCCAAAGAAGAGGCCAACAGCAGAGAAGCUGCUUCAGCAUCCGUUUGUGUCGCAACCCCUCAGCCGGACGCUGGCCAUCGAGCUGCUGGACAAGGCCAACAACCCCGACCACAGCAGCUUCAACGACUUGGACGACGACGAGCCAGAGCCGGAGUCCCCAGUGUCUGUUCCUCAUCGCAUUCGUUCUACCAGCAGGAGCACCAGAGAGGGGAAGACUCUAUCUGAAAUCAACUUUGGCCAGGUGAAGUUUGAUCCUCCUUUGCGGAAAGAGACAGAGCCUCAUCAUGAACCGUGUGAUUCUGAGCCAUAUCUGGACUGUGUUGAGGAACUCUACUAUACCGCGAGAUCUAAUCUGGAAUUGCAGUUGGAGUACGGGAAUGACUCACCACGUCUGCUGGGAGGCAACAAGAGCCUUCUCAAAUCCGUGGAGGAGGAAUUGCAGCAAAGGGGCCAUGUGGCACACUUAGAGGAUGAUGAGGAUGAGGAUGAUGAUGGUGCAGAUGAUGAUGAAACUCACACUCAUAAGUCCAGCACCAUCAUGAGGCCAAAGGUCCCACCGCCUCUUCCUCCCAAGCCCAAGUCGCUCCAGCAGCACCCUCAAAAACACGAUGACAGCCAGUCGCACAUCGAGGACGACGGCGGGGGCACCAUCAAACGCUGCCCCGGCCCAGAGACUCAGAGUCCCGCCAAGCCCUCCAACGUCCCUCCUCGGCCCCCGCCUCCGAAGCUGCCGCCCCACCGCCGCAGCAGCAUAGGUAACGAGACCGCCACGUGCACGGACGCCGAAAACUCAGCCCCAGAGGAUGAUGGGAGCUUUAGGCAUUUCUGGGAAUGGCUCCACACGCCUCACACAGAGGAGGAGCUGGAGGAGGCGUGGGAGGUGCUGAAGGAGGUGAAAGAGGAGCAGGAAAAAGAGGAGGAGGAAGAGAGAAACGGGCUCAGCUCGUCACACAAUGGUGAAAAGGAUGGUCCAGCUGAGAGACAGCAGUCCACGAUGCCCCCCAGCCUCCCGGUACGGAAAGACAAAAAGGAUGUUCCGAUGCCGGUGAGCAAUGGCCUCCCGCCCACGCCCAAAGUCCAUAUGGGUGCAUGUUUCUCGAAGGUUUUUAAUGGUUGCCCGUUAAAGAUCCACUGUGCCACUUCCUGGAUCAACCCAGACACGAGAGAUCAGUAUUUGAUAUUUGGAGCAGAGGAGGGAAUCUAUACACUAAACCUGAAUGAGCUGCAUGAGACAACGAUGGAGCAGCUCUUCCCUCGGCGGUGCACGUGGCUUUACGUCAUGAACAACUGCCUUCUGUCCAUAUCAGGGAAAGCCUCUCAGCUGUACUCUCACAGCCUGAGCGGUCUGUUUGAACAAGCCAGACAGUUGCAGAAGCUACCGGUCGCCAUUCCCACGCACAAGCUCCCUGACAAGAUCAUUCCUAGGAAGUUUUCUGUGUCCAAUAAAAUUCCAGACACAAAAGGGUGCCAGAAGUGCUGUGUCGUGCGUAACCCGUACACGGGCCACAAGUAUUUGUGUGGAGCCUUCCAGUCCAGUGUGAUGCUGUUGGAGUGGGUGGAACCAAUGCAGAAGUUCAUGCUCAUCAAAAAUAUCGACUUUCCUCUGCCGUGUCCACUGGAAGUGUUCGAGAUGCUGGUGGUCCCGGAGCAGACCUACCCUUUGAUCUGUGUAGCUGUCGGCAAAGGAACCGAGCUCAACCAGGUGGUCAAGUUCGGCACCGUCAACCCCAACUCUACCUGCUCCUGGUUCACAGAAGCCGAUGCGCCGCAGUCCUGUGUCAUCCAUGUUACACAACUAGAGAGAGACACUAUUCUGGUCUGCCAGGACCGAUGUAUAAAAAUCGUGAACCUCCAGGGCAGGUUGAAAUCCAGCAGGAAGUUGUCGGCGGAGCUCACCUUCAACUUCCAGAUUGAAGCCACUGUUUGUCUUCAGGACAGUGUGCUGGCCUUCUGGAGGCACGGGAUGCAGGGCCGGAGCUUUAAAACAAAUGAGAUUACCCAGGAAAUCUCUGACAGCACGCGCAUCUUCAGACUACUGGGAUCAGACAGACAUGACGUCUGUAAAGCUCCUCGGGACACAAGUGUCUCACUGCCCAGGGUGGUGGUUCUGGAGAGCCGUCCCACUGACAACCCAACAGCCAACAGCAACCUCUACAUCCUGGCGGGUCACGAGAACAGCUACUGAGGCCGACACACACACACACACACACACACACACACACACACACACACACACACACACACACACUCUCUCUCACUCUCCUUCACACUCUUCGGCCUGAGCGCCGCAGCACGAGUGGAGGAGGGACCUGAACACAGACCUGCCGCUCACGCACCUCGGGUGUCAGCGGCGUCCUGGACUCCACCAUAGCACCUGCAGUGUUACUGUGUCACAGUGUGGUAGCCUAGUGGAGGUCUGCUUGCUCAACACGGCGCUGGGGAGGAUCCGCCGCCGGCUCCCGGCGCUGACGCCAACACUAGAACUUGUUCACUUACUACUACUGCUACUAGCGUUAGCGCCUCACAGAAGAGCCAUCUUGCACAAAGAAACCCCUCUUUGUUUUUGUCCCCUUUUUUAAAAACUACACCUUUAUUUAUUGUGGCAUGAUGUAACUCGCAUUCACCCGGAUGGAUUUUCUUCUCUGCGUGAUUGAAAAACAAACAUAAAAAGCUAAAAAAAAACACGCAGAACCACGAUCAUCUAACCGCCGUCACCACACAAAGUGACCUCUAUUUAAUUGUUGUAAAUAUAAAUGUAGUAUUUUCGGACAGAGACGAACACUAAACGGUGGUGUAGCUAUCGUGCGUCGACAGUGUGUAUGUGUGGCAGCGGAGUUCGCUGAUCAUGUGACUUGGAUGAACCGCUUCAAAGCUUCGUCUGGACUUGAGGAUUGGACCGAACAAACACAGCAACGGUCACCUUCGUUCUGCAUGUGUCUCUCUGGCAACAUCCUGCUUGUUCAUGCCAUCGCAACUGUCAACGAAGCCGCGGAAGCUUUCUUUUGUUUUGACCAUUUCUUGUUUAUUUUUGUGCCACUUUUCUAUAUGCAAAAUGCGAAUCACCAUUCAAUCAACCAAGGAUUGCCGAGAAGUGAGCCCACAUCUGAACCCUGCCAUCUGGGGUCCAACAAAUUGACCCAGUCCAGUGGAGUUUCAAACUUCAAAAGAGUCAUUCCCCUUACCAUCAUUCUGCUUCAAAUUGCAGAGCAGGAGAUGAAACUCAAAAAUGAAAAUAAUUCAUAGAAGCUAAAAGUCAUGUCAAACGUUGAUUUUUUUAUGAAAAUAUUUUAGCUGUUGUUCUGGAAUUGUUUUUUUUUUACGAUUUUUAUCAGUCCUUUUUUGUGCCAAGACACGGAGGAACUGUUUCGCUUGAAAGGGGCAGCCAGUUUGUAUUUUAAAACAUAUUUCAAAGCAUUUCUUUUAACUCGUAGUUCUUUAAAGUAUCAUUCGUUCAAGAAGAAAAAGUCCCACUGAGACGCUCACAUGCCAGUAUUUUUGAGAGGCAAAAAUUCAAUCAAUUUUGGAUUUUUUUUUUUUUUUGUAAAUUUUGAAAAUUGUGACAAUAAUUGUGAGAGUAUUGAGAAUCACGAGGAAAGCUUUAGUCUUAUCCGUGCAGCUUUUAUUUCCUUAAGUAACUAAAGGUGUGACAGUCUGUCAGGUUCACCCAUUCAUCUGUGCUAAUGUUGGAGCUCUUUCUUCCUCCUCAGCAUCAGGAGGCUGUGGGCUCACUCUUUGGCAGCAAGUAACUUCAGUUAUUUUGAUUCCUUCAUCAUCAAUACUGUGAAGUGGCACUCAUUUACACGUCAUCCUAAUCAACGUUUUUAUUUUGCCCUUUUUAUUGAACCACUGGUGUUGGAGGUUUUGCACAUAGAGAACAGAGUUUGUUCAACAGCUGUGAUGUCACAGUGCCGUGUGAGUGAGUGAGUGAGUGUGUGUGUGAGAGAGUGUGUGAGUGGCAGGUGGUGCUCUCACUGAGGUGUCAUUGAAAAGUCAGUUGUGUAUUCAGUUUUCUCUCUGCUCUGUCACGUAGUGGUGGCUUCAUGUAGCCGUUGGUCAGCGCUGAGCCACUGGGAAAGGACUUCAGAUUCAGCUCAUAUUUAAAGGCAGAGCUCCCAACAAGCUGCAACAUGAUACAAGCCAGAAGGAAUGAGCAGCCGAUUAUUCUCAUGUAGACGAGCAUGGGAGCCAGAGAGGCCUGUCCCAGAUAAGUUAACACUCUGAUCGCCCAAAACAUUAUGACCAGCUCUUGAUCUUAUGUUGAGUCUGCAGUGUGGUGCUCCCUGUCUGCAGUGGUCAGUAGCCGUGGACAAACUGGAGCUUGUUGACAUGAGACAGCUUGAGUUCUGAGUGAGUCUGUCCGAUAGCACCGAUUCUCACGUUGCUGUUGGUCAAGCCUGCAGCUUCUGUGUGUGUCACUCGUGGAGGAGGCUUGGCCACUCGCGCCCAGGUUGCCGCUUCAUUUGUGGCGCCCUUCAACAGCCACUAACCACUGCAGACCACGCUGACUCAGCCGCCAUGCGUGAGGCAGGAGGUCAUGAUGGUCUUGCUUUUAAAGUUCUGUCACAACACUAAAAUAAUACUCGCUACAUAACCCAGCUCUGGCGUUUCUCAGUGAAACCGAAAAAGACACACUCCACUGCCAACGCUGUACAGCGACUUCGCUGUUUUUCCUCAUUUGAUAUUAUCAAAGAGACAGUUUCACUUUUUUGUCACUGGUCUUUAAGUUUUGGGACAAAUUUAUGGUGUCUUUUUUUCCAUCCUUGGUGCACAAUUCAGUUCACUAACAAUCUGAACACUUUUUACAUUUCUUUUUAUUCUUGCCAAACACUUAAGGAAAAGGAAAUACAUGUAUUUUAUAAUAAAUUAUUUGUAAGCCACAGUUAUGAUCAGCAAACAUUGUUCCACAGUAAAGAAAGCCAUUUCUUCAGUUAUAAAUAUAUAAGAACUGAAGUAGAAAUGAAUAAAUUGGUGGCAAUAUAAAGUUUCAUGUCGACCUAAUUUUAUGCAGAUUAUAUUUGUAAACUGGCGACAGAUCAAAAUGUAUCUAAUAUAUGUAACACAGUAUCCGAAGUAACUGGACUUUCAAACCCAAAUCCAGAUUGUAGAGGGCCGUUGUCAGUCCUUCCUUCAGCCAGUCACGAGUGUGACUGGAGAUUAACCUCAGUUUAAUUCAACUAACAGCUCCAAACAUGUUUUUAUUUCCCAUCAGACAACUGCCUUUAAAAGCCCCAGAUCUUUCUGACAGCUGUGCUCAUGUUAGUCUCCGGUUAAAUGUCGGUUACUAUAGGGAAUAGCCAGGUGCCGGCCAUUUCCAACAGACUCUCUCGGCGCCACCUGGGCCAUGCUCGUCCCAAACAUCCGAAAAGCCAUUUCUUGUAUUUGUGUGUUGUUUUCUGAGGGUGGAGCAGAUGGUGUCAGCACCAGUAUUUAAGGCGUGUCCUCUCUUCUGUCACCAUACACUUUGUUCUCUUGUUUCUCUGAAUGCAGCGCACACGUACUGAAGUGUAAAUAUUGUAAAUGAAAAUGGGGUUUGUUUUACAUACUGUAUAAUUGCCUAUAUUUUGUUUCAGAAGUGUAACAGAUUUAUCAGAUGCAAAGGUUAACACAUUAAAAAGAAGGAUCUCCAGCUGUCGGCUCGUUCCUGCUCUUGUCGCUCCUCAUCUUCCAGUGAUAGGAACCGGGCCCCGUCAGGAUGGUGGAGCUUUGGAGUGUCAGUGGAGGAGAAUGAGGUCAAAGAUUGUGUCUGUGCGGUUGUUUGGCCGGGAGUGAGAAGCCUCUCAGGUAGGACUGGCACCCCUCCUGAUCUACAUCUGCACACUGUACAUUUAUUCUCUCCUCAAGUGUUUUUGGGAUCGUCACAAUGGUUAAUACUAAAUGAAAACUAUGCCUCAAAAUGUAGGUUUUGGAUGUAUUACCAAAAUAUAAGAAAUGAUGCCUUGAAUAAAAAAUAUAUAGUUAUUACAUAAUGAUGUAGAAAUGUGUCUUUUAAAGUAUAUGAUUAUUGAGUUGUGAUGAUUAGAUGGUCUUUAUUUAUGAAAGUAAAAACGUUUAAUACGUCAUUGUGACUCACAAAUAUCGGGGAUGGAGAAAAGAGGCAUUACAUUUUCAUUGCAUUCAAUGGAUGAAAUAAAUUUCAGUUCAAAAUAAGUGAUCAGAACUUGCUCUGAGUAUUGUUUCAGUCUAGACUCAGCCUCUAUUUAUGUUGCUAACCUAUUAUUGAAUUGAAGUUUAAACUGUUCAGAUACUAUCAUUAAUAUGUUGUAAGGGCAAAACAAGUAUUUGUGUUUUUCAUUAUGUCCAGAAAGACCAAGUUAAGUUUAAAUGAUUAGGUCAAACACUCAGUUCAAGAUGAGGUCAAAUAUGUUUAAUCACAGCUAUAGUCGAUAUUGAAGUUAUACAUUUGGAUUUAUAUGUCAAUGAGCUAUAAAGUCGAGGAGGAAAAUCGCUUUAUUAA